AUGUCUGCAUCGCCCACGCAGCCGACGCAGUCGGUCAAACGACCUCUAGAGGAGGUCUCGUCCCCCUCUCGCGCUACCGAUCAACCCGACGCCAAACGCCCUGCUCUCGAUAAGAUCACCAAGGCCGAUGCCGAGGUCGAGAUCGACGCCGCCGUUGCCGACCUCGAGGCCACCGCCGCCAGCGUGAGUCAGACAGCCGACGACAAGACAAAUGGCGCCCAGCCGGACCAGGGGGGUGCCAGCACCGUUCCCGACGCCGCCGCCGCCGCCGCCGCCGCUCCCGCGGUGCCCGCGGCCGACCCGACGGCCAACGCAGCCGUGAACGACGAGACGGCAUGGAUUCACAUCCGCGCCAUCAUUUCGAGCCCCGAGGCUGCGACGAUCAUCGGAAAGGGCGGCGAAAAUGUGUCCAACAUUCGCAAGAUGUCCGGUGCCAAGUGUACCGUCAGCGACUACCAGAAGGGCGCCGUCGAGCGAAUCCUGACCGUCAGCGGCAUAGUGGACGCUGUUGCCAAGGCAUUUGGCCUGAUUAUUCGAACGCUCAACAACGAGCCGCUCAACGAGAAGUCUACCACAUCCUCCAAGACGUACCCCCUCCGCCUGCUCGUCCCCCACAUCCUGAUCGGUUCCAUCAUCGGCAAGGGCGGCGCUAGAAUCAAGGAGAUUCAGGAUGCCUCAGGUGCCAGGCUCAACGCGUCCGACACCUGCCUGCCCUUCUCCACCGAACGAUCUCUGGUGGUCAUGGGCGUCGCCGACGCCGUCCACAUUGCCACGUACUACGUCGGCAGCACCCUCGUAGAGCAACUUAACGAGCGAUUCGGCGGCCCGGCUGCGUCUGCCUAUGCCACCCGCAGCGGCGCCCCCGCCGGACCGAUCCCUGGCGGCAUGCAAGUCGUCCCCUACUCCCCCUUCCCCGUCGGCGGCCACUACGGUCGUUCGGAGAACUACGGCCGGAACCAGGAGCGACGCAACCAUCACCACAUGGCGCCUGCUCCGUACCCCCAGCAGUACCCGCAGGGAGCCGCCCAGCCAAACCCAGCCGUCCCCAUCCACUACGGCGCGCAGCCGGCGGCGGCGUACGGCGCCGCCCCGCACAUGCAGCCUCCCAUGGCCCAGCACGGCGGCGCGCCCCAGCCGCACGGAGGACCCCAGGGCCAGCCCAUGGCCGGUGGAGCCAUGCCGGGAGGUACCCCCGUGACACAGCAGAUCUACAUUCCCAACGACAUGGUCGGCGCCAUCAUCGGCAAGGGUGGCCAGAAGAUCAACGAGAUCCGUCAGAUCAGUGGCAGCGUCAUUAAGAUUAACGAACCGCAGGAUAACAGCAACGAGCGUCUGGUCACGGUGACGGGAACGGAAGAAUGCAACCGCAUGGCCCUGUACAUGCUCUACUCGCGUCUAGGUGAGGACAAAUCUCCAGCCCCCCCCCCCCUUUACCCGGUCGGCUUCCAUGACGGUUGCUAA